AUGACUCUUAGAGAAAUACUUUUCGGAUUAUGUGGAAUGCUGGUUCUUGGAUUUGUGCAAUGCUAUACUGAUGCAGACGUUAAAGAAUGCGGUGCACUUUCAUUCGGCAGUGUUACUUGUUCAAGUCUCAACUAUUUCUACCGCGAGUGUUACGUGCCCGGAGCAGAAGUCAUCUACCUUAUAAAGCUUCACCAGAACCUAACGUCAGAAAACUGCGCGUUUAAAUCCACGUUUGGUUACCGUGGCAAGGCGGUCUGGGUCACCAAUGGAUGCAGUGGCAUCUUCUACCUUUGCUAUAGCUAUAACGGUUCAGUUCCGGUAUCCACACCAGGCACGUCUCCACCGAAAACAGGCGACGACGAUGUCCAGUCUGCAUCCACCGCGGUUCUCAGCAAUGAUAUCUACAUCUACAUUAUUGUCGGAUCUUGUGUCAUUUUCCUCGUCGGCAUCUGUCUCAUGGUCGGCUGUGUCCUCAAACGACGGCAACAGAACGACAGUACGAGACAUCUUGCUGAGAAGCGUCAGAUCCGAAUAGCGCUGCGCGAGCACCUGGAGGAUCGAGAGGAAAAUGGUGUGAGUGUGAUCCCGAUUGCCGACAUGUCGCUCUCGGUAGAGUCCCUGAAUACCCUCGACCCAAAUGACUACCCAGAAUCCAUUUGCUCCAGUAGAAGUUCUACUUCCGGUAUGACUAUGACCUCAUCACGAACAACUAGCCAUUUGAUUAGGGGCAGGCCUAGUACUGGCUCUAGAAGAAGUGUAUCGCAUAUUCCUUCCGGUCGACUGAAAAAGGGCUACAGUACUCCAGAUAUACACGCUCUCGGGAAAAUGUAUUGUGCAAUGAAUAUGCAGAACAGAGGGAGCCAACGCCAUUCAAAUAGCCGAAGCAGUCAACGAAGCAUAAACAGUACAUACAGUGUUGGCGGUGGAAAUCGACGCUUAAACGUUUUUGAUAUACCAAUUGAGAGACGGCUUCGGCAACAAGCUAAGCGGACAGAAAGGUUUGCCGCUGGUUUUUCCGGUUCGUGUGCUGAUAAGGCGUACCGCGGGAGCGUUCGAAGCGUCCAGGGUUUUCCAACCAACCGAAAUGUUACUCGGGCAAUUGUCCACUCCCCGUCUCAAAGCGCCAGUGAAGAGUUUCAACGAGAACCAAGCAGCAGAAGUCGGCGAUCCUUGAGAUUUUCCCUUGACCAUGAUCCGACGUCGACGACAAUCUAUGAGCAGGCUGAUAUACAUGUGUCAAAUGAAAAAUCCACCAAUGGCAUCAUUAACAGGAAUGCUGAAAUACAAGAAUUUAAUGUCAAUACUCAAGAACAAUUUGUUGGACAGUGGCAAAAAAGUGAACUUCAGAAUGACCGUCCCCUAUCAGAGUUACACUAUCACGAUCCAGAUUCACUGCAGAUUCAAAGCAGGCCACGCGCAAUACUUACUGAGCCCGCCCGACCACUUACCCCAACUAAACCACACUUAGAAACUAUUUACAGCAAGGUGGCAAGGCCUAGAAUAAUUCAUCCAAAACCCAAACUUAUUAGCAAUAACAUUUAUGCAACCGUAAAUAAAAGUAUGUUCAGAGCGACCACACAGUUAGAAUCGUCGGGCAUAUAUGAACAAACCCCUCAACUAACUGCGGCUGCUAAAAAUGGACAGGUACAUGACAAAACAGAACUUUGUAUUCCGGACGAGAGCGGUAUGACAGGUAUUGACAACCACGCCUUUGAAAUAUACGGGUCAUAUGAUGUCAUUUCAAAAUUGGAUGAGAUUAUCAAUUUAGAAGAUGAUGAAGAGGACGUCACUCCGACGGAAACGUCCGAAAGAGGCGACAUGUAUGCACGUAUGGCAACGUUUAAGCCAAUUAAACCCCUGUCACCUAUUACGAUAGUUGGAUUGACAGAUUCUUCAUCAAAUAUUUGA